AUGAAGACAGCCGAGGAGAAUAAAACUUGUCAAUCAAUAGAGACGAAGAUAAAAAUCGAAAAUACCGAGGAGCAACUCGAAGAUGCCGAGGAGCAUAAUUAUCAAAUGAAUACAUCACAGGAAGAUAUUAAGAACGAGAUUAAAGAAGAAAUUACCGAGGAGAACACCUCGAGACAAAUAAACACUGCAAGUAAUACCGAGGAGCAAAUUGAAAUUAAGGAGGAGAUAGGCGAAAAUGCCGAGGAGAACGCCGAAAAGCGUAAUAAACUAAUUAACCGAUCCGAAGAGGACUACAUUGAAGAACGAAUAACUGAAAUGGAAAGAGAGAUAAAUGAAAAAUUAAGUGACAUCAAGAGAGAAGAAGUGGGGGAGCCUUUCGAUAAGAAAGAUGACUCCUUCAUACACAUCAAGAGGGUUCGUACUUACCUGAGGAGCGGAAGCGAAGAUUCCAGUGACGAUCCGGGAAAACAAGACGACCUGAAACAUAAAAACAAGAGAUUAAAAUUAAAUAAAGAAAAUAAAGAAGAUACUUACCAAAGGAGUGAAAACGAAGCAAAAGAUUCUAAAGAAGAUCCAGAAAAUGAUGACAGCUAUGAAAAAUGGAAGAAAUUGAAAGAUUACUACAAAAGAUCCAGUGACGAACCAGAAGAUGAGGAAGAAUACAAUAGAUGGAAGAGGAGAAAAAAGCAAGUAAUGGAAAUAAUUAAUAAGCAUGUGGUAGGUGUGCUUAAACAAGAUAACGAACAUCGAGCUGAAAGAUGCCGAGGAGAAGGAGCGGUGGAACAAGAAAACUCGAAACCAGCGAACGUUGCGAAUCCCGCGACGAAAGUCAAAUCGCUAUUGGCGGAGAGGUUUCACGUAGCAUCCUGCAGUCGAUUGACUGAUUCUGAAAUAGAAAACGAAGAGGAAGAUAAUAAUUCGGAAAACAAAGACACCGAAGAAAGAGAUAACCGAUUAGAGUCACCGGACGAAAUUAUGUUGAGUGAAAGCAGUAUGAGCGAAGGAGAAGAGCGAGAAAUCGCGAAUUGUUUCAAUCAGAUUCAAGAGAUAAUAAACAGAAGAUUUAAUGGCAACAAUGUCAAUAACGACAACCAACAACGCGAAAAUGCGAACGAACAUCCAGAGGACAACAAUUCAUCCGAUGGACAUAGUCGAAAUGACGAAAAUGGCAAAAAUCAGCCAGAAGAAAAUGAAAUUUACGAUAGUGAAGAAGAAAGAACGAUUAUAUCGUCAAGAGGAUCAACAAGAUCAUUUAAUAGCACAUUAGAAGAAAAAUUAUGCAUAUCCAUGAAAGAUCCAAGCGAAAUAGUAUUUUCCGAACAGGAAAGAUUAAAUGUAAUAAGUUACAGCGUAAAAUUCAGAAGCAAUCCAGGACAUAGGAUAUGCGAGCCAAUCAACGGCGAGAUAGAAGUCGCAACGAGCGACGCAUAUGAAACAACCUUAACGCGUGUGCGCGACACACUACGUAGCGAGCGCCAUAACGGCAGAUUGAAUCGAGCAGCCGUAGUGAACGGACACUCGAGAGCCAGAGUCCACAGAGCUCAGAAAAGUUUUAUCGAUAAUAGUAAAGUGCCAAAGAACAACAAGAUGAGUCGAGAGAAGAGAAGACUGGAGAGAUGGGAGGAUAACCUCCAACGUAAAGUGAAAAAGUACACCGAUCAACAGCGCAUGCUGGGAGUGCGUCAAGACAGAAUAAUGCACAUGGAGAGAUACGAGAGAGAACUGUCUCCCAUGGAAAGCGACGACGAGACGUACGAUCGAGAAGAGAUUUCGGCACAAAACAAGACCAUCAAGAUCAUAAAAGAGUGCGAACGAGCCCGCGGCAGAAACGUAUUCGACGUGGGGACUCGUAAGAUCAAGGACGACGCAGGAAACGAGGUGGCGGAUAUCAAGACCAUCUACGUGGUACGCGACUUAAGAAAGAAAGACGAUAGGAGACAAUUCUCAUACGAGAUAAAUGCGACGAUUACGCAAGGUACAGUGACAGUGACGACAAGGGCGAGCGAAAUCAACGAAGCGACCCCGAGAGCGAUAGCAUCCACGAGUGCGACGACUACGUCGAGCACAGCUUCAACGCCAAGAAUAAUGAUAAUGCCGCAACAAUUAGCAGAAGGUCAGCAACAAUUAAUAGUACUACCGUCCGGAGAUAUGGGUACGUUGAGGAAAAUAGCGCCGAAGACGUCGAGCGUGAACCAACCAAUCCCAGCGCAACAACAGCCAAUGAAGAAAAAGGGUCAGCAAGCGAGCACCGAAAAGGAUCGUAGAAGCGGCCAAUCAAAAUCGAAAUCUCCAGCGACCAAAUCGAACAAACCCACCGUAAUCAAAACGGAAAUAAUCAAGAAACAACAAGUGAGAAAGUCGGCAACGAAGGCAAAGAAGCAAAUCAAAAGAUAUUCCAAGGAAAUCACCGAAUCGAGCAGCGAGGAAGAACGACAGGAAGUUCGACCCGAGGAACAGCUCAAAUUACCCACCAGAGUCGACGAGAUUAAGAAAUCCGUGUUGAGUAAAAUACUCAUCAAGGAUUUGCCGAGGAGGAUGAAACCGACGGCUGCACCAUCAGUUUCAGCGUCGACCUCCGAGCUUAGCGGCGUAACACACCAGCCAACCGAGGCGGCCCAGACGAGCGACUCAACGCAGGGCAUGGAGAAGCCGUACGAGAAGCCGGGGGAACCGACCAAUCCCGACACCGAGAACAUCGAAGGGGCAGAGGACUGCAGCUUCGAGAGCGUAGCGAGUACGCAGAUCCUCUCGCCCAUUGAGGAGAUCAUCUCCGAGGCAAUCCGCCUCGAACAAGGUCAGCCAGUCGCAAUACAGCCCGCUGGACACGGCGAGGUACCCACACAGCCCGCUGGACACGGCGAGGCGUACAUACAGCCCGCUGGACACGGCGAGGCACCCACACAGCCCGCUGGACACGGCGAGGCGAUUAAAGUCAUAACCGGCCAACCGAGGAGCACCGGGGACGACGACGAGAAAGACUUCGGUCUGAUGAGCCAACCAGCACCGCCGGGCCAAUAG